GGAAGAUCCCUUCCGAAUGGGUGCUGAGAUUUCGAACUUGCCCACGCCAAAUAUAGCUGGUAGAAAAAGAGCCUAUGCGUUUCUCAAACAUGAUUAGUCCGAGAGAAACAAGGCCUCUAGGAUGAAGUCUGUCUCAAGUGAUGCUUCUUCCAGGGAAGAGAUUGGAGAUUUCAAUGCAAUCCUGCAAGAGGUUGGUCCCCGAGGAUGGUUUCAACUCAAGAAUAUUGUCCUUUUAUGGUCCAGUUCGGCAGCUUUGGGACUUUCGGCUCUUUUAUUUGCAUUUGUGGCAUUUGUGCCCAAAUACAGGUGUCCGGUCACAGAGUGCAGUGAAGGACCAGGUUCUCCGUAUUAUGGGAAUCAAGAGAACCAAACACUCCCGAAUUUCUUGUUGGACGCUUUCGACCCGGAGAACAUUGGAGAUAACAUCGCCAAGUGCAAACAGUACAAAUUCCUUGACGAAUCCGACCCACUUUCGUGCUUUGAUUACGUUGAGAGACUCCAAAGCAACCUGAGUGAGGCCAAUUUGACCUACUGCGCUAAAGAAGACUUGAUCAUCGAUCGAACUUAUGCUCAAACUACAUUGACAGUGGAUUUUGGAUUCGUCUGCGAGUACGAAUUUCUCCGAGAUUUCUACAAUGCAACCUACAUGGUUGGUAUGCUCUUUGGCGCGUUUAUCUUUGGCAUAGUGUCAGACAGAUGGGGUCGUUUGAACGCUCUUUUGUCAGCGGCAGCAAUGCUAUUUGUCUGUGGAAUAUUGGCAGCCUUCGUCACCAUUCCAGAGCUAUAUGGAAUGCUCCGGUUCCUUAUUGGAAUGGCCGGGAUUGGGAGCUACAUGUCUGGAUAUCUCCUUGGACUGGAGAGCACCACACCCAAAUAUUCCGUUCAAGUGGGUAUGGCCCUGUCCUUGGGCUUUGUGUGGGGGGCUCUUCUUCUCUCUCUGAUUGUGUUCCUCAUCCGCGACUGGACCACUUUGCAUAUUGUGGCGACGGCGCCAAUUUCCCUCAUGAUCUUCUUGAAAUGGCUUGUUCCAGAGUCGCCCAGAUGGCUGAUUGCCAAAGGUCGGAUUUCUGAAGCCAAGGUUAUUAUCAACUCUAUUGCGGACUUCAAUGGACGGCCUCAUCCGAACCAUCUCUACCGGGUUGAGCAAAAGAAGAAAGCCAAAUCCUUUGAGAUCGGAGAGGAAGGCGAAACUUUGACUAUUGGCGUUUUGGUCAAGUCAAAAACUUUGUUCUUCAGGACAGCUGCCUUGUCGAUGCAAUGGGCCAGCGUCACAAUGGCGUACUACGGAAUCACGUUUGCCCUGACAUCCUUCGCCGGUGAUCCUUACUUGAAUUUCGUUCUUGGUAUUCUCUCCGAAAUCCCUAGCACAGCCUACGUGUUUUUUACCCUGGAUUUCUUUGGACGACGAUUUAUGACGGUGAAGCUCCAGAUUUUGGCGGGAAUUUCGUGCAUUUUGGCUGGAUUCUGCAUGGAAUACGAGCAAUUCAGGUCUUUUCAGAUCGUGUUUGCCAUGAUCGGCAAGUUCAGUGCCACGUGUCUUUUCGCAGUUGUGUAUCUCUACUCAGCUGAGCUUUACCCUACAGCCAUACGGAACAGAGCCAUGGGGAUCUGCAGCACUGUGGCAAGACUUGGGGGUCUUCUGGCCUUACUUCUUGGGGCACUAAGGUCGUUUUGGCCCCCGUUUCCUUUACUAAUCAUGGGUGGUAUCGCCACACUAGCGGGCCUCGUGGCUCUGACGCUUCCCGAAACGACGGGGAUUCCUCUGCCGGAAACCAAACAAGACGCUGUGGCCAUUCGAAAGCGAGGCGGGAAUUUCAAACUCUUUGGAUGCAACAACGGACACGAUUGAAAGCCAAAGGGUUCCCAUUUGUACAAAAUUACUAUAUUCGCAUCUCUUGUUUGACCAAGGGCAUUCUUUAAUCGUGCAAUUUUAUGAAAAUGCAUGUGUGGUCAUGAAAUUGGAUUGCGAAAACUGUGCCACGGCCAAGGGCAAAUAGGUUACUUCAUACUCACAUGCAGAAAGAUAAUCUUAAAAUGGCUUAUGCGAGCUCUGUUCUGUUCUGAUCGUACUGAAGGUUUAAGACAAAGAAGGGAGCAAUACCUGAUCUUGUACAUUGCAGUUACAAUACCUCAAACAAUAAAUCUUUGCCUGGGCACUAGGACA